AUGAUCCGAGAUGGAAAUUUUGUACUCCAACAAGUGAAACACGAUGGAUUUGCACUUGAAUAUGCUUCUCAAGAAUUGAGAAAUGAUCGAGAGAUUGUAUUGGAAGCAGUGAAACAAAAUGGAUUUGCACUUGAAUAUGCUUCUCAAGAAUUGAGAAAUGAUCGAGAGAUUGUAUUGGAAGCAGUGAAACAAAAUGGAUUUGCACUUGAAUAUGCUUCUCAAGAAUUGAGAAAUGAUCGAGGAUUUGUAUUGGAAGCAGUGAAACAAAAUGGAUUUGCAUUUAGAUAUGCUUCUCAAGAAUUGAUAAAUGAUCGAGGAUUUGUAUUGGAAGUAGUGACAAUUGAAAAAUCCAAAGAAGGAAUUUCUAGCAAUAUCAAAACCUGUCUCUUGUUCCACCCAUCUCUUCAAAAACAUCCAGAAAUAAUUACUUACAUAAUUCAAGAAGGCCCAAAGUCAUUCUCAUUCACCUCCACUAUUGACGAAAUGAUUGAGCACUAUUCCAAUAACUAUAUAUCAGAACAGAAUGCAUUUGAAUUUUAUUUAUAUUUGGACAUCAAACCCUCUAGCACAUUCUUUACACUUUCAUCCAAUUAUCCUAAAGAAACGGUGAUUGAAUUUGCAUUGAUGAAAUUAUUCCACAAAUUUAUUGACACUCAUCAAAUCGAUCUAAAUGCAUUUGUUCAUCAUGGAACAAGUUUCAACUCGAUUGAUUAUUAUUUGCUCAGUGACAGCAUUCAAUUAUUUGUGAAUCAUUGGUUUCAAAUUCUAAAGUCCACCCAUUACAAACAACUCAAAACAAUUGUGAACAACAUUGUACAACAAUUUCCAAUUGAGAUAUUACCAAAAUCAUGUAUUAAUGUUAUUGUGAAAUUUUUGAAUGAUUGGAAGAAAGUGAAAGGUUUUCCUCGUCUCACAUCCAUUCAAGAAUUAACAUCUCAAAAUCUUUCCAUAGUUGGUACAGGUGCAGAUUUGGACAAAAUUCGAAAAUGUUGCCAAAUUGCCAAAUCUCAAACACAAUUCAAAACAAUUCAUUUCAUUUCACUGUUGGGAAUGGGAGCACAAGGUGUUGUGUUGAGAUGUUUGAACACGAGUCAUGGAAUGGUUGCUUGUAAAUUCUCUUUUGAACCAACUUUGGAUCGUCAAAGAGCAGAAGAACAAUUCAAAGUGUUGAAAGAUCCUCGUGUGAAAGGACAUGUGAUUGAUUGUAUUGAAUGUGGUACAAUUGAAUGGAAUGGCUUACACUAUCCAUACAUCAUCAUGGAAAUGGGAAAAGGAACAUUGGAAGAACGAAUUCAAUCCAUCCAUGCGAAGAAGAUGUUGAAUUAUAAUCGAGAAACUCAUUGUGCAUUUCUUCAAAAACAAGAUUUGAUUUGGAUUGUGAAAUGUUUUAUUGAUAUUCUUGAAGCUGUGAAUGUUUUGCAUGGAAUGAAUAUUUCACAUCGAGAUUUGAAAACAGGAAAUAUUGUUCUCAUUCAAGAUGCUCAAAAUGUUCAAGAUGGAAAGGCAAAGUUAAUUGAUCUCGAUAAUUCUCGAAACAUUCAAUAUCGAGACUCAGUGACCAUCAAUGUUGGAACUCUUCAAUACAUGGCACCAGAAAUUCAUAGUACCAACAACAUUGAUCGAAUUUCAGACAAUUGGACAAUUUCCAAAUAUUGUGACGUCUUUUCAUUAGGUUGUGUACUCUUGAGAAUGUUGACAAAUUGCUCUUUACAACUUGAUCCAGGUUAUUUAAAAGCCACAGAAGAAGAUUUGUUGGGAAACAAGAAUCCAGAUCAUGUCACUUUCUUUUCAGAUUAUGGAACAUAUUUUCAUGCGGCUAUUGCAACUCCAUAUGGAGAAUCCAAACUACAUCAUGCUCUGUACAAGGAAUUAAAUAGACACAUCGAUCCCUCAUGGAAUGUGAAUGAUAUUCUUGGAAGAUGUUUGAUGACCAUGAUUCAGAAAGAUAUUGAAACUCGAAGAGAUUGUGUGAAAUAUAUUCCAAUUUUGCAAGCUGUGAAACAAUCACUUGAAAAAGAAGGAGAGAAUAAUCCACCAGAUUUUUCCUCUUUUGAUUUGAGCAUUUUGAAAGAAUAUCAACCAUCAAUUAUAGAAAGGUUGAUGAGAGAGAAUAGAAUAUUGAAAGAUCUAUUGAAGAGAAAUAACAUCAAUUUUGAACAAGAAAUUAAUCCCAAACAAAUCUUUCAAUUCAAUAACAACAGCAAGUAG